CAGUCCAUUAUUUACAUUAAAAAAUCCUCGAGGAAAAUUGAGAAAUGCAUGUUAUUUUGCAUUAAUUGAGCAUUUUUACAUUAAUCAAAGUACAUUUGAACAUUUGUGAUAGUUUUUAAGUGUUAAAACAUGGAAGAAGAGGUUUCAGCUGCCGUGGAACAGACAUCGAUUACUCCAGCUGACGAUCCGGUUCCGUCAACGUCGUCAUCACCAUCGACCACCACUGCAAAGCCCGAAGAGGCUUCCAAAGGCGGAUCUUGGGGUUCCUGGGGAUGGGGACUCCUCGAAAAUGCCAAAACGAAGAGUUUUUCCGUCUUGGAAGCCGUCAAAGCGGAUCUCGGUGAGCUGUCGACAGUUAUCAAGGAAGAGGCUUCCGUCGCUUCCGAAGUCCUGGGACUCAAUCAGGAAGAUUCCACGGUAAAUGUCAUGAAAAAGAGCAUCAGUAGUUUCCUCGGACAGGUAUCGGAUGUGCUUGUGCCUCCGGUCGAAGACGAGGAAGCUGAAGCAAUUAUGAUCACGAAAGACGGCUCCGUUACCUUAACUGGCUUCGCAAAGCAUUUGGCUGAGUUGCAAGCGAACGACGCCACGUACGUGCAAGAGCCUGUUGACGAAUUGGCACCGCAAUACAAACGCUGGCUCGAAAUUGUCGAGCAGGAGCAGUUUACGGAGCCUCGUUUAACGAAACAACUCACAAAUAGUCAAAUUUUGAAUGAAAAGUAUCUUAGUCUAGUGCCUGAUAAAGUGUCACACAUGGAGUUUUGGAAGCGGUAUUUGUUCAAAAAGGCAUUGUUGGAAGAUGCGGUUGCCAAUGCGGAGGCGGUAGCACGCAAGGCUGAAGCGGAAGCGAGUUCCACGAAACCAACGGUACCCGACACGAUUAUUGUCCAAACGGAGCAACCAAAAGCACAGCCACCGUUGACUGAGGAAGAGGAACUUCAAAAAUGGGAAGAAGACAUUUGCGCUGCCAACAUUGAGUUGUCCGAAGAAGAGCAAGCUCGACUUCUCGAGGAGUACGAGCAGGAGAUAAAAGGUCAACAAAAUUCCAAAAAACAAGAAAAAACUUCCAAUAACAAGAAAAACCCGACAAAAUCCACGCCCGCUAACAACAGCAAUGCGUCACAGGCAUCGAAAUCCAACCGCAAAUCGAAUAACGGCAACCAAAACAACAAGGGAAACAAGCAAAAUGCUACCAAUGCAAACAACAAAAACCAGGGAAAGGCUCAAACGACAGGCAAGAAGAAGGAAGUCGAUCUGUCAUCCACCUCGGACGAGAGCUGGGAGAAAGACUUUGAGUAAAUUACAGGACUAAUCAACAUAAUAUGACAUACAAAAAAAAAUAAAUUAAAAAUUUUCUAUUUUUCUCUUUUUUUUCCUUCAUAGAUAUACUAAUUAAAUUUUAAGCUGAAUGUUUUACACAUAAAAACACUAUAAUAACAUUACUAUGUGAAUUAUAUAGAACGCAUGUUAUCAUUUAAUAAUUUAGACAAAAUAAAACUAAACGAAAUAUUGCUCUUAAAAAA